AUGGACGUGGACAUGGACGUGGACGUGGACGUGGACGUGGACAUGGACGUGGACUUGGACAUGGACGUGGAUGUAGACGUGGACGUGGACGUGGACGUGGACGUGGACGUGGACAUGGACGUAGACGUGGACGUCGACGUUGACGUGGACAUGGACGUGGACGUGGACGUGGACGUGGACGUGGAGGAGUUGGACGUGGACAUGGACGUGGACGUGGACAUGGACGUGGAAGUGGACGUGGACGUGGACGUGGAUAACUUGGACGUGGACAUGGACGUGAACGUGGACGUGGACAUGGACGUGGAGCACUUGGACGUGGACAUGGACGUGGACGUGGACGUGGACAUGGACGUGGGCGUGGACAUGGAGGUGGACGUGGACGUGGACGUGGACAUGGACGUGGACGUGGACGUGGACGUGGACGUGAACAUGGUCGUGGACAUGGACGUGAACAUGGACAUGGACGUGGACGUGGACGUGGACGUGGACGUGGACGUGGACGUGGACAUGGUCGUGGACGUGGACAUGGACGUGGACGUGGACGUGGACGACGUGGACGUGGACAUAGACGUGGACGUGGACGUGGACGUGGACGUGGACGUGGACCUGGACGUGGACGUGGACGUGACGUGGACGUGGACGUGGACGUGGACGUGGACGUGGACGGACGUGGACGUGGACGUGGACGUGGACAUAGACGUGGACGUGGACGUGGACGUGGACGUGGACGGACGUGGAUUGGACGUGGACGUGGACGUGGACGUGGACGUGGACGUGGAUGUGGACGUGGACGUGGACGUGGACGUGGAGGUGGACGUGGAGGUGGACGUGGACGUGGAUGUGGACGUGGAGGUGGACGUGGAUGUGGACCUGCACGUGGACGUGGACGUGGAGAACUUGGACGUGGACGUGGAGGUGGACAUGGACGUGGACGUGGAGGUGGACGUGGACGUGGAGUGGACGUGGACGUGGAGUGGACGUGGACGUGGAGUGGACGUGGACGUAAACGUGGACGUGGACGUGGAGGUGGACGUGGAGGUGGAGGUGGACGUGGACGUGGACGUGGACGUGGACCUGCACGUGGACGUGGACAUGGACGUGGACGUGGACGUGGAGAACUUGGACGUGGACGUGGACGUGGACAUGGACGUGGAGGUGGAGGUGGACGUGGACGUGGACGUGGACGUGGACGUGGACGUGGACAUGGACGUGGACAUGGACGUGGACGUAGACAUGGACGUGGACGUGGACAUGGACGUGGACGUGGACGUGGAGAUGGACGUGGACGUGGACGUGGACGUGGACAUGGACAUGGACGUGGACGUCGACGUGGACGUGGAGGACGUGGACGUGGACGUGGACGUGGAGAACUUGGACGUGGACAUGGACGUGAAAGUGGACGUGGACGUGGACGUGGAGGACUUGGACGUGGACAUGGACGCGGACGUGGACAUGGACGUGGACGUGGACGUGGACGUGGACAUGGACAUGGACGUAGACGUGGACGUGGACGUGGACGUGGAGGACGUGGACGUGGACGUGGACGUGGACGUGGAGAACUUGGACGUGGACAUGGACGUGAACGUGGACGUGGACGUGGACGUGGAGGACUUGGACGUGGACAUGGACGUGGACGUGGACGACUUGGACGUGGAGAUGGACGUUGACGUGGACGUGGACGUGGACGUGGACAUGGACGUGGACGUGGACAUGGACGUAGACGUAGACGUGGACAUGGACGUGGACAUGUACGCGAACGUCGACGUGGAAGUGGACGUGGACGUGGAGAACUUGGACGUGGACAUGGACGUGGACGUGGACGACUUGGACGUGGACAUGGACGUGGACAUAGACGUGGACAUAGACGUGGACGUGGACGUAGACAUGGACGUAGACUUGGACGUGGACGUAGACGUGGACGUAGACGUGGACGUGGACGUUGACGUGGACGUGGUCGUGGUCGUGGAUGUGGACGUGGACGUGGACGUGGACAUGAAGGUGGACGUGGACGUGGACAUGGACGUGGACAUGGACGUGGACAUGGACGUGGACGUGGACGUGGACGUGGACAUGGUCCUGGACGUGGACAUGGACGUGGACGUGGAGAUGGACGUGGACGUGGACGUGGACGUGCACGUGGACGUGGACAUGGACAUGGACGUGGACGUGACGAACGUGGACGUGGACGUGGACGUGGACGUGGAUAUGGACGUGGGCGUAGACGUGGACGUGGACAUGGACAUGGACGUGGACAUGGAUGAAGACUUGGUCGUGGACGUGGACGUGGACGUGGACAUGGACGUGGACGUGGAUGUGGACUUGGACGUGGACGUGGACGUGGACGUGGACAUGGACGUGGACGUGGACAUGGACAUGGACGUGGACGUGGUCGUGGACGUGGACAUGGUCGUGGACAUGGACGUGAACGUGGACAUGGACGUGGACGUGGACAUGGACGUGGUCGUGGACGUGGACGUGGACGUGGACAUGGUCGUGGACGUGGACGUGGACGUGGACAUGGACGUGGACGUGGACGUGGACGUGGACAUGGACGUGGACGUGGACAUGGACGUGGACGUGGACGUGGACGUGGACAUGGACGUGGACAUGGACGUGGACGUGGACGUGGACGUGGACAUGGACGUGGACUUGGACAUGGACGUGGAUGUAGACGUGGACGUGGACAUGGACGUGGACGUGGACGUGGACGUGGACAUGGACGUAGACGUGGACGUGGACGUUGACGUGGACAUGGACGUGGACGUGGACGUGGACGUGGACGUGGAGGAGUUGGACGUGGACAUGGACGUGGACGUGGACAUGGACGUGGAAGUGGAUGUGGACGUGGACGUGGAGAACUUGGACGUGGACAUGGACGUGAACGUGGACGUGGACAUGGACGUGGAGCACUUGGACGUGGACAUGGACGUGGACGUGGACAUGGACAUGGACGUGGGCGUGGACAUGGAGGUGGACGUGGACGUGGACGUGGACAUGGACGUGGACGUGGACGUGGACGUGGACGUGGACGUGGACAUGGUCGUGGACAUGGACAUGAACAUGGACAUGGACGUGGACGUGGACGUGGACGUGGACGUGGACAUGGUCGAGUUGGACGUGGACAUGGACGUGGACGUGGACAUGGACGUGGAAGUGGACGUGGACGUGGACGUGGAGAACUUGGACGUGGACAUGGACGUGAACGUGGACGUGGACAUGGACGUGGAGCACUUGGACGUGGACAUGGACGUGGACGUGGACAUGGACAUGGACGUGGGCGUGGACAUGGAGGUGGACGUGGACGUGGACGUGGACAUGGACGUGGACGUGGACGUGGACGUGGACGUGGACGUGGACAUGGUCGUGGACAUGGACAUGAACAUGGACAUGGACGUGGACGUGGACGUGGACGUGGACGUGGACGUGGACGUGGACAUGGUCGUGGACGUGGACAUGCACGUGGACGUGGACGUGGACGUGGACGUGGACGACGUGGACAUGGACGUGGACGUGGACAUUGACGUGGACGUGGACGUGGACGUGGACAUAGACGUGGACGUGGACGUGGACGUGGACCUGGACGUGGACGUGGACGUGACGUGGACGUGGACGUGGACGUGGACGUGGACGUGGACGGACGUGGAGGUGGACGUGGACGUGGACAUAGACGUGGACGUGGACGUGGACGUGGACGUGGACAGACGUGGACACGUGGACGUGGACAUGGAGGUGGACGUGGACGUGGACAUGGACGUGGACGUGGACGUGGAGAACAUGGACGUGGACGUGGAGGUGGACGUAGACAUGGACGUGGAGGUGGACGUGGACGUGGACGUGGACGUGGACGUGGACGUGGACGUGGACAUGGACGUGGACGUGGACGUGGACGUGGACGUGGACGUGGACGGACGUGGACUGGACGUGGACGUGGACGUGGACGUGGACGUGGACGUGGAUGUGGACGUGGACGUGGACGGAGACGUGGAGGUGGACGUGGAUGUGGACGUGGACGUGGACGUGGACGUGGAGGUGGACGUGGACGUGGACCUGGACGUGGACGUGGACGUGGAGAACGUGGACGUGGACGUGGAGGUGGACGUGGACGUGGACGUGGAGGUGGACGUGGACGUGGAGUGGACGUGGACGUGGAGUGGACGUGGACGUGGAGUGGACGUGGACGUGGACGUGGACGUGCAGUUGGACGUGGAGGUGGACGUGGACGUGGACGUGGAUGUGGACAUGGAGGUGGACGUGGACGUGGACAUGGACGUGGACGUGGACGUGGAGAACGUGGACGUGGACGUGGAGGUGGACGUAGACGUGGACGUGGAGGUGGACGUGGACGUGGACGUGGACGUGGACGUGGACGUGGACAUGGACGUGGACGUAGACGUGGACGUGGAUGUGGACGUGGACGUGGACGUGGACGUGGACGUGGAGGUGGACGUGGACGUGGACCUGGACGUGGACGUGGACGUGGAGAACGUGGACGUGGACGUGGAGGUGGACGUGGACGUGGACGUGGAGGUGGACGUGGACGUGGAGUGGACGUGGACGUGGAGUGGACGUGGACGUGGACGUGGAGUGGACGUGGACGUGGACGUGGACGUGCAGUUGGACGUGGAGGUGGACGUGGACGUGGACGUGGAUGUGGACGUGGAGGUGGACGUGGACGUGGACAUGGACGUGGACGUGGACGUGGAGAACGUGGACGUGGACGUGGAGGUGGACGUAGACGUGGACGUGGAGGUGGACGUGGACGUGGACGUGGACGUGGACGUGGACGUGGACAUGGACGUGGACGUAGACGUGGAGUGGUCUGGACGUGGACGUGGACACGUGGACAUGGACGUGGACGUGGACGUGGACGUGGACAUAGACGUGGACGUGGACGUGGACGUGGACGCGGACGUGGACAUGGACGCGGACGUGGACGUGGACGUGGACGUGGACGUGGAGAUGGACGUGGACGUGGACGUGGACGUGGACGUGGAGAUGGACGUGGACGUGGACAUGGACGUGGACAUGGACAUGGACGUGGACGUGGACAUGGACGUGGACGUGGAGGACGUGGACGUGGACGUGGACGUGGACGUGGAGAACUUGGACGUGGACAUGGACGUGAACGUGGACGUGGACGUGGACGUGGAGGACUUGGACGUGGACAUGGACGUGGACGUGGACGACUUGGACGUGGAGAUGGACGUUGACGUGGACGUGGACGUGGACGUGGACAUCGACGUGGACGUGGACAUGGACGUAGACGUGGACGUGGACAUGGACGUGGACAUGUACGUGAACGUCGACGUGGAAGUGGACGUGGACGUGGAGAACUUGGACGUGGACAUGGACGUGGACAUGGACGUGGACGUGGACGUGGACGAAGACAUGGUCGUGGAUGUGGACGUAGACGUGGACGUGGACGUGGACAUGGACUUAGACGUGGACGUGGACGUGGAUGUGGUCGUGGACGUGGACGUGGUCGUGGACAUGGACGUGGACGUGGACAUGGACGUGGACGUGGACGUGGACGUAGACAUGGACGUGGACCUGGACGUGGACGAGGACGUGGACGUGGACAUGGACGUGGACGUAGACAGGGACAUGGAUUUGGACAUGGACGUGGACGUGGACAUGGACGUGGACGUGGACAUGGACAUGGACAUGGACGUGGACGUGAACGUGGACGUGGACAUAGACGUGGACGUGGACGUGGACAUGGACAUGGACACUUCCGAUACUGACCGACCUGGCCAAUGCACCAUUUUCUCUAUACAUGUGCGUUGA